AUGCGUGCACCAAACACGCCCGCCUCUAUCUGUCUCUGUAUCUCAGCGUCCCAAAGUGUCAUGUCUCUUUUUCUUCCCAAUACAUAAACGACAAGAACACUUCCAAUUUUACUUGUUUUCUCUCCCCCCAAACACACCCUAAACCACCUUUACUACCAAUUCUUCCAUUUGUUUUGCGGGAAAAUUCGCAGAGCCGGAAAACCUGCACGAUUUUCCGGCGAAUUUCGGAAUUCACAAUCAUUGCAAAAUGGUGUCCCCAGAAAAUAUGAAUUGGCUUGCAGACUACGGCCUGAUCGAUGAAACCCCGGUUCUCGACGCGAAUUUCUCUGUCCCAGUUUCGGGUUUCUCAUGGCCCGUGCAAACCCUAAACGGUUCAUCUGAUGCCGGUGUGGAAAUUGAUGGACCUUUUGGGAAUUCUGAAGCUCAGAAGGAGUCCAGCUCCAAGAAGAGGGGUAGAUCUGAAUCAUGUGGUGCUUCUAGCUCCAAAGCAUGUAGGGAGAAGUUGCGGAGGGAUAGGCUAAAUGACAAGUUUUUGGAAUUGGGCUCUAUCUUAGAGCCUGGAAGACCUCCUAAAACAGACAAGGCUGCUAUUUUGGUUGAUGCCAUCCGGAGGGUGACUCAGUUACGAGGUGAAGCCCAAACACUGAAGGACUCAAAUUCAAGUCUUCAAGAGAAGAUCAAAGAGUUGAAGGCCGAAAAGAAUGAGCUUAGGGAUGAGAAGCAGAGGCUGAAGGCAGAGAAGGAGAAAUUGGAGCAACAGCUGAAAGCUGCAAAUUCACAAACUAGCUUCUUGCCUCCUCCUCCUGCAAUCCCUGCUGCAUUUGCUGCCCAAGGCCAAGCAUCUGGAAACAAGUUAGUGCCUUUCAUCGGUUACCCAGGAGUUGCUAUGUGGCAGUUUAUGCCACCUGCUGCAGUGGAUACUUCUCAAGAUCAUGUGCUCCGUCCACCCGUUGCUUAAGUUAGCAACCUACUGUGCAAAUCUGCUUGCAUUUGCACCUCCAACAAGAAAAAAAUGUAUUCAUUUUGUCAUUGUCUUGUCUGUACUAGUUGUUACUGAAAUCUUCUAACUGGAUUUGGUGGGUAACUUGUAGUAUGUUGCAAUACGGAUUUUCUAUGAAUUGUUGAUGGUACUGAUAUGUAUAUUUUAAUAAAUUUAUCUAGUAAAUCUAUGUUUCAAUCGGAUAAUUCA